AAUUGGAGCCGCACGAGCGGCAAUUUAAUAUGGGCGGUAUGUUGUGGUUCCUACUCUGCCCUUACUUGUUGUUAACUUCUGGGUAUAUUCAGGAGUGUUUUUCUCAUACGAUAAUCACUAUUGAACAUGGGUCAUUCACGAACAUUACUGUCAAUGGGUUGGUGUAUGUCGAAGUUAUCAAAAUUCCGCCGUGGAGCAAAUUUGUUGUGUAUCAAGUACACAGCCCCUUCAACCCACUACUAGUGUCCACAUCAGCCUCGUUUACAUAUGACACUUCACAAUACUCGGCUCACUGCGGCUUAGCUAGUUUUGUUGAAAACAAAACAUUGUCGACAUUCUACGUUUAUUCUACCUAUAGUGUUCCGCUAAUUGUGUGGGUUAAAGCUGUUGCAUAUGGAUCAGAAUUUCCAUUGCCAGGUGGUUGUGGUCGUAGUUCGCGUAGUGGUUUCAUGAAUGCAGCCAUCACUACAGAUAUAAUGACUAAAAAUAUAAAUCUUUCAAGCUCGAAACGCAUUGAGUUUUUAAGCUAUUGGACGUCUUCUCUCCAGCUCUCUGCAGCUUCGGCACCUGUCGGAUCAGGCGGUUUUGCGUGUUCUCACUGGAUUACCGAAAGUAAGCCAUCAGGGAGCCUAGUUUAUCACGUUUAUGGUACACCACUAAUAACUGCUGGUGGUUCUUAUGGAGCCUUCGUAAAUCCUAGUCCCAGUGAAGUUGCAUCAGUCUUAAAAAACAUGGCCAACUUUGGCCAUUCGUCAUUUGUUGGUACUUACAUACAGUCAUUUCACCAGAGUGAAUUCACACCAAAUGAUGAAUUUAUUAACAUAAUCGUCUCACGUCGUCCAGCUACAGCAUAUAUUGUCACUGUUGUUGUGGAGUAUUCAAUUUCUGGUGAUACAUGGCAAGUGCCAUAUAUUCCUGUCAUUCUUUUUGGUUGCCCUGCACAAAUUUCACCCAGUUUCUACCGUACUGUAUAUAACCAACCCACUUCAAAUGCUAGUUUGGAAGUCAACUGUGGUACUCUUCCUAAAGAUACACCAGUUAUCCUGUUUCCCGUUGCUGUCUUGCUUCUUGCAGGUUUUCUAUAUGCUACUUCAUGUAAUAUGUGGAUUUGGCCCCGCUGUGCAAUUAGUGCGAUGAUUAUGGGGUCUGUCAUUGGGCUAAUAUUUUUCUACAGAUUUUCAGACGAACCUAAUGAAACUUACCUUAUUUUAAUAGCGAGUGCUUUUUUGCCAGCUUUCUUCGCAUUGUUUGUGUUUGUAAUACUGUGGUGGCGUUACGUUCGUCCUACUUUGUACUACCAACGUAUGUUUGGACAAGGUCCACUGGUGAAGGUAGAAAAUUCUACAACUGUUCUUGUUAACGAACCGUGGAAUUCAGAUGUGUUAGAUAACAGCUAUCAAAAUGUUGAUGCCCCUUUCGGAUUGUCGUCACAGACUGAACAUACACCAAUUAAUACUGUUAAUGUUUUGGCUCCAGUUAGUGAGGAGGAGUCCAGUAUUUCAGCACUACAGCUGUGUAACGAUCUAGUGCAUCAACCUUCCCCAGCUCAUUCUGGUGCAUAUGUUUCAAAUGAACAGGGUGCUAGUGAUGAUAAUGAAGGUUACACUUGUGUUCGAAUUUGUGGCAUUCAGCUGUGUCGAAGGUCCAGAAGUUCACAAAAAUCUUCAAAAACCUUGGCAUGUCCACUUAAACCCUUCACCCUAAGACCUCGUCGCUUUGCUCGUUUACUUCCCGUUUUGCCGACUGUAUUUAUUCUAAUCGGUUAUCUCUCCAUCUCCCUUGAUCGUUCUCUAAAAUUGGACAAAUCUUCGGUUUCUUUUUUUGCGUUCUGUACAAUAAUGUCAGGAUUAUUGCUUGGCUUGCUAAGUAUAUUCAAAAAUUUUGCAUUCGGUAUUUCAACUGCUCUUCUUGGUUUUUACGUUACACUAUGCUGUGCAAGUUUUUUUCUCAUACCAAGCUGUUUAUUACCUCACAUUGUAAUUGAAUAUUUCUUGAUGUUAACCUGUUUUGAUAUAAGACUACGUACUCUACGCAUCCAAUUCUAUGGUCAAUAUGGUAAUUUUUAAAUAUUUAUUUUCAUUUCUGCACAUUUUCUACUUUAAUCAGAUCAAGUUUGUUUAAGAUUAGUUUGGUUCUUUGAAGCGUAGUCUUUACACUGACGAAUUUUCAAAACGAUAUGAAUUGUUAACUGAAGUUGCAUGAUUCUAUUGGUUUAUAACCGUUUCCAUUGUAUCUUUUGCAUAAGUUUCUGUCCGUAAUUUUAAAAGGUUAGUUAAAUUUGCGGAAUAGAGUUUUUCUUUAUUUGGAUCUAUUUUUCAGCCUCAUAACUGAAACUUUUGUAUAUUUGGAUUGAUUUUAAUUAUAAUUGAUUAUUUAUUGUUUCUGCUGAAUAUAUGACCAUAUUUAUUUUUUGCAUAAAUGAGAAACUUUUUUUCUUGUCGUCAUUCUUAAAUAACUUUUAUGAGUAAUUCGUCCUAAAUAAUACUAGUUAGUGACCGCUCAUGAUGACAUCAUACCACAACUCAAACCAGUGUAGGUACAGUAGUUUUUAUGUUAUCUAAAUGAUAGAUUAAUGGAUCUAUUCACCUCAGUUCCACGUAACUGGGAAUGCUCCUUAUUAUAAGUAUACUGUAAAAAUAUUAACAUAAGACUCACUACAUAGAUCGUUGGCGAUAUAAACUCUACAAAGGUCAAGUUUAUGUCGUGGACUGAGAAGUCUUUUGUAGUGUGAAUAAAUUUUAAAACUGGUUUACAAAUAAACUAUUUAUACAAUCAUUAUUUAGCCUCAAUAAUAGUAGUACUAAGGAUUAUGCUGUUAUUAAUGAUGAUUAGUGUAAUAACGAUUAUUUCCUAAUUGUUUGUUAAAAAUUCAUACAUUUUAUCUUCAGAUGUUAUUGUUGUCGUAAUAUGGUUUGUUAGCAGUAUAUGCUUUGGCUCACUAGCGUUGUGUUUGAUUCGUUUACAAGAUGCACGUGAAUUAUCUGAAGCUCAAAAUUACCAUACAUCAAACUCAAAACAUCCAUACACAAAUACUAAUGCACACACCCCUAGCAAUAGCCUUUCAUUAUUGGGAGAGAUUAGACCAAGUUCCCAAGCUUCAUGUUAUGUACCUCGAAUGUUUCCUGUCCCAAAUUUAUCAUCCAAUGCAAAUUCUGCAUCCAGUUUGUAUAAUUUGCUUUCAUCUCCCAAGGUAUACAAUAAAAUAGAUUCGGAAGGUUCCGUGAACUACCCUGUGCCCGUUGAUUAUUGUCGUCCAUCUAAUCCGUCUUCUUCAAGAGUUUCAACGGAAAAGCAACCAUUAUUACAGGGGUCUUUUUACAAUAAGUAUGGUGGUCUAAUGGGUACGGGUACUGAUCAUCCUCCUUUAUUGCCCUUAAGUAGAGUUCAGCUGGCUGCUGCCUCACAGUCUUUACCGUUCAGUUCGUCAUCAAGUGUAAAUAUCACAGUGAAAUCGAUACAAUCCGAUGUUGAGGAAAAUUAAGUCAAAACUAACUCUUCUAUAACUUCUAUUCAGUGUAAAUAAUAAUCAUAAAAUGAUAACUAAGUUCAUCUUGCCUAAAAUGUCUAUCUUUAUCAAUUUUUCUCACAUUUUAUCUAGAUCUAUAUUUCUCCGCAGUAUUUAUUAACUAUCGUGUUAUUUUAAGUCUGAAUAUUGUUUUCGAGUGUUUAUUUUACUUGGUAUUUAAAUAAAAUAUCAUUAUUAUAUACUCUGUAUUCAUCAAUGCCUUUUAAUCAUUUAUGAAUUGUGAUCCAUACGUUGUUCUUCAUAACUGCCUAUAAUAAUCUUACGUUUUAAUUGGUUACUUAUUAUAUCCGAUACUAGUAGCACAAAAUUGCCAAACUUAAAUUACUAUAUGUUUUAACUUACCUGUCCUCAAUUGUAUUGUAUAAUUAGUGUGCUCACAGAUACUUUGACUAUUUUAAUUGCAGUUUUUAACUGUAUUUCAGGACAUUGACAUAUUUUGUGUAAUACCAGGAUUCAAUAUUGAUGAUCCGUACUGUCGCAAUUGGAGCUGCACAAGACCGAUUCUUACGGAAUUCAGCCUGUUGAUCUCGAAGUUGGGCGUAUAUUGAAUCCUUCAUCCGGUCCAACAACACUGUUGAAAACGUUUCCUGGUACCGAUAGUAGUGUGAUGCCCCUAUAGUUAUCACAUUUGCUCAGAUCUUUUUUUGGAAUGGUGAUGAGAUAUCCUUCUUUCCAGUCUGUCUGCACUUGUUCUUCUAUUGUUAUAAUAGUACU